CUACACGUGAUGGCCGCCGGAACAUGCGAAGAAAAGAAUCUGUGUUAAGUGUGUAUUCUAAGAAAUUCUAUAUUCCACCGUUUGACUUCAAACCAACAAAAAUAAAUGGACAUUUCAAAUGGGCCGAGAAAUGACGAAAAGGCCCAAAUAGAACCGAAAGGGCCGAAUCAUCACCCUUGACUUUGAGAGAGAGCAUCUCAAUUGCUCCUCCUAGUCUCCAUGAAGAAGCGCAUGUGGAGAAUCUCACUGAUUUCCCAGAUAUCUGAUCUGCUCUGCCUUUCCCGUGGCUCUUCUUCAACCUUGAAGACUCUGACCCCAUUCUGCUUUACCCUCUCCAGGUCUCCCUUCCACCAAUCCGGGGGCGAUGAUGAUGCUUCGGGAUUGAAAAACCAAUUGUUGCGCUUCCGUAAUGAUUCCGGUAAAGUUGCCUCCGUUUUGGAGAGGAACAAAAUCCAAGGAGCUGCGUUUGUUGAGCUCCUUAGGCAGUUACGUCCAUGGCCCGUUUUGUCCCAACUGGUGUUCGACUGGAGAAGAAACAAGGCACUAUGCGAUGGGUUGCCUAUGACUGCUGAUGAAUACGCUAAGGGCAUUACCAUUUCUGGUAGACUGAAGAAUGUCGAUUUGGCCCUUUCCUUGUUUCACGAGUCUGCAAACAAGACCACCUCCGUCUACAAUGCUUUGAUGGGUGCUUACCUCUGCAACGGUUUGUCUCAUCAUUGCGAGCAGCUCUUCCUUGACUUCAAUUCUCAACAAGACGGACCCUCCUCUUCUACUCCAUCUGUCUCUACUUACAACAUCCUCAUUUCUCUUUAUGGCCGUUUGAUUAUGGUUGAGCGGAUGGAAUCAGUAUUCCUACAGCUUCAACAACUCAAUAUCCUUCCCGAUUCCAGCACCUACAACAACUUGAUUGCUGGGUACAUCUAUGCUUGGGAUUGGGAUAAGAUGGAAGCAACUUUCCACUCCAUGAAGAACGGCCUUGUUAAGCCUACGCUUGCCACCUAUUUGCUGAUGCUCAGAGGGUAUGCAAACUCGGGAAAUCUGCUACGGAUGGAGGACAUGUAUCAAGCCGUCAAGCGUCACGUUGACAGGAAUGAGAUUAAGUUAAUCGAGUCCAUGAUUUGCGCAUACUACAGGAGUUGUCACAAGGAUAGGAUCAGAAAAAUCAAGACUUUAUCCAAACUUAUCCCCAAGAAAAGUUACAAGCCUUGGUUGUAUUUGCUCUUGAUGCAGGUCUAUGCUAAGGAUGAUAAUCUACAUGCCAUGGAGAAUUUCAUAGACCAGGCUAUUACAAAAGGACUCCAGAUAGAGACAGAUGGUAUUAUGAGAUCAAUAGUGGCUAGUUACUUCAGGUGCAAUGCGGUUGAUAAGCUUGCCAAAUUCGUGCAGCGUGCAAACUCUGCUGGAUGGAAAAUGAGCAGGUCUAUGUUCCAUGGCUUAAUGAUCAUGUAUGGAUCUCAAAAGCGUUUUAAAGAGAUGGAAAACGUCCUCUCUGAAAUGGAAAGCUUUAAAAUAAGCCGGUCCAAGAAGACGCUUUGUAUUCUGCUUAGAGUAUACGCAGCAACGCAUGGACAGGAGCAUAAGGUUAAUCAAGUCGCAGGAAUGAUGUUAAAGCAUGGACAUGAUUUCCAACGACCUGAAGCGAGUAAAAGAGUUAUGGGAAAAUAGGAUACUAGAGAGAGAGAUAUGAAUAAAUACAAGCAGCAUAUUUUGUUGGGAAGGAUUGUAUGCAUCCAGGGAUUCGAUUUGAACCCUAUAGCAUCAAGGAAUCAAACCAUUGAAGCAGAAAUGUCUCCGUUGGCGUAUAGCAUCCAUGUGUCUUUGAUUGUAACAUUGUAAGUUGCUCUUUUGCGCAUUACUUCUGGAUAUACAUGAUGAAUAGUUUCGUACUCUGUGGUUCUUUCAGUAUACAAAACUUCUUCCUUACUUGAUCAUUCUCCAAUUUGCCUGAUAUAAAUCAAUCCACAUGCAUUAUGUGUUAAGCACAAGAUUGAUGAAUCACCUUUCCUUGUGGAUGAAUCGAGGAAUUCGGUUUUUCUUUUCAGAGAAAUAAGGAUUGAGAAACUAAAAAAAUCAGAAGAAGAAAGGAAAGGAGAGAAGAGAUAAAUUCGUUUAGUUUGUCCAAG